AUGUCAACAAAAUCGUACUCCAUCCGAGAGUACAUUCCUUCCUUUCAAUUACAAAUUCUUUUAGAGUUGGUGGACAGCAUCUCCAAAUUGGAGAACCUUACCGAUAAAACUCAAUCACAAAGAAACUGUGUCGAGAAGAAGUUGAAUUUUAUCAAACACAAAUGUCCAAUUCUUCCAACCACAAGCGUUAUUCGAGGAAACCAACCAUCAUCAGCAUCUUCCGUAAAAACUAAAGGAUUUAUUGAAAUUCAUGACCAUCAAGUAUCAACAGGUAGUAUCAACGGUUCAAAUUCUCAUCAUCACAACGAUUCUAUGAACGGAAGCCAUCAUCAUACUACCAACAACAAUCAUCAUCGACCCUCCGUGGAUGAGAGUGAUUUAUUCACUGAUUUUGAUGAAUACAACAAGACUCACAAUUUGCUUUUAUUGAGUGAGGAAGGCCAAGAAUCUGCGAUUGCUCUCGCCUAUUUUCUCACACAAACCAAAGCAAAAUCGGAUCACACGGAUCACAUUUUACCAUUGUUGGUUGGAUUGGUAAAUCAUUUGCCACAUUGCAAAUGGCAUCCGAGAGCUAAAAUCACAGGCGAGUUCUUUUCCUAUCAUUUAGUGAGUUUAUUGCGAGAAAUUUCAAAUGUAACAGAUCAAGAGGCUCAUUUGCAAACUAUUUGUAAAGCAUUGAUUGAUACUUGUUUAGGAGAAUGUUACAUGAUUAUGAAGAGUUAUGAGAGCAAAUUUAUCUUUGAUAGUGAAAACACUGCUCGAGUAUUGUACGGAGUAUUUAAAGCCCUAUCAGAAGGAUUACCAAAAGGAAUUUCAAAGGAGCAACUCAAAUCUAUUGCUGACAUCAUUCAAUACUUUUUCAAUAUCACGUCAUCCAAGCAAGCGACUGAGUUGAAGCAACUAAAAGCUUUUAAAUCAAGACUUUUGAAAUCCAUGAUUGUGUUGGUGUUGAAAAUUUUGAUUCAAACUACCUAUGUCGGAGAGUUUGACGAGGAGUUCUAUUCAAAGUUAAUUCAAAUAGCCUUUAGAAAUUUAUCAUUAGAUUCAUUCAAAAGAAUUAUCGAGACAACAUCUACACUUGAUGAGUCAUCACCUUCUGCUCUAGAUACAAACUACAGUAUCAAUGCUUUUGGAAACUCUGCAGAUCUUGCUGUUCAAUGUUCUAUCAUGUGUCCCAAGUUCAGAAAAGAUGUCUUGAAAGUAUUGAUUGAGUGUUUGGAUUUUGCAAAAAGAGAAAAUGUCACUCACCCUUCUCAACCUGCCUCAUCAAGCACAUCAAGCUCAUCUCUUGUUGGAGCUCACACUGUGAAUAAGUUCGAAGAAAAGAUGUGUAAAGAUAUUGUUUUAUCGAUUGAAAGACUUUGCAAAGAGGAAUCAGACAACUUUAUUGUUGUCAGUGUUAAAGCAUUACGUGAAUUUGUCUCUGAGGACUCAACAGAGAAGAGUGAAAGCCUAGUAGAGGAAGUAACUCUCACAUUGUGCAGAAUACUUAAUGACGACUUCAAGAAGAGGGGUAUUGCGACAUGCUCUUCAGCUAUAUAUGCUAUUUCGAACAUCAUCUACAUGAACCCAAAUGAUUACAGAAAGAACAACCGUAGAGUAACAAUUUUGGGAACCAUUGCUCAACAAAUAGAUAAUAAUGCUGUCACUGAUCUUAUUCUACCUGUGCUCACAAGUCAAUUAACAAAAAAGAAGAACAUGGGAAAGCUUGAUAAUGUAGCCUUGAGGCCGUUGUCGAACUGUAUUCAUUUAGGAAAUGGACAUUAUUUCUCAGAAAUUGUUGAAUUGAUAUUUGGAAUUUAUCAAAAUCCUUUCCAUUCAUCAGAAACUGUUCUAGGAGGCUUACUCAUUGAUUCCAUUUAUAUCAUGAACAAAAUGCUUAAAAACCACAAUCAUUUAAGAUUGGCAUUGUUAGUGAGACUAAUCAAGUUAAUUAAUAGACUUGGAGGAGAAAUUCAAAUAAUGAAAGAGACAAACGAGAAGAAGAAAGACAUGCUCAAGCAUAUUGCCGUACUGAUGCCUGCUGUUGCUACUUUGACAAAGUCAUGCAAAUUUGAUAUCGUUAACCACAAGAUUUCUGAUGAUGAAAACAUUGGAAAUUUCCAAACUUUAUUCCGUAUAAUGUGGUUCUAUUUAAUUAUAUUCAAAUUUACUAAUCCCAACGAACAUAAUGAUGAAACUUAUGAAGCAUGCCAAACUAUUGGUAUGAAUGGACCGAUUCUCUUAAACGGAAAUGUUCAUUCUUUCAUGGAAAUCAACAAGGAAAUUGAGGUUAUUAUUGAUUCAAAGAACAUGACCCAAGAAGAAAAAUCAUACCUUACUUCACAACUUGAAUCAUGUGUGAACGUUGGCAAAGAUAUUGCGGUCACUCCAUCCUCUCUCAGGCAACUUUCUAUUGAGGAAGUUUUGUUUUUAAUAUCUACAUAUAAUUUAGAGCUUUUCCGUGCACGCUCCGGCUCUACCUUGAAGCACUCACUUUACUAUCUUGAACAUUAUCAAAUUUUCAGCAAUCCUGUGGUAAUUUUAUGUUUACAAGCUUUGUUGAAGAGAGUUUUUGAUCAAUGGUUGUGCUCCUUCAUCAAAUCACAAUCAAGAGCUGAUAUGAACAAUAUCAUUGAGGAACAGUGUAUUCUCUUGUUCAAGAUGUGCAUUCACAGAUUAGAAAUUGUACGACAAACUAGUCAUCAAUUUAUUGUGAUGAUCAUCAAGUUGUUCCCAGCUAUGUAUUGGAGCUCCAAGUGUUUGAGCGCUCUACUGGAAAUUAUUUCAGCGCUCUAUGAAGGAAAUGACAAGGGAAAGACAACAGAUGUUAUUGCUGUCAAAAUUCCUUCUAGAUUUGACCAAAUUCCAAUUGCCAAACCAUUUUCAAAUGAACCAACAAGGGAAAACACAGAAAUAGAAUAUGAAACAUUCUAUCUCCCUGAGCAUUUCACAGAUCGCAAUAAGUUGUUGGAUGGAUUUACUCGUUUCUCUCUUUCUUGGAUCUCUAAAUCCAUGUCUGCCGCUCCUAACGUGACACAAUCUGGACUUCAACAUUACUUGAUCAAAUUUCAACAAUCUGAAAUUGACUCUUUGAGACACUUCGGCUAUACUUUUGCUGUCUAUCUUUCAACUCCUGUGGAACAUUUACAAGCAGUGGGCUCUAGUAAUCAACCAUUGAAGAACGACAAGAGAGGUUUUUCAAUUUUAUCUGAAGAUCAAACCUCAUUAACUCAAUCAGUCUCUGUAAUGUCAUUCAGUUGUGGAGAAGCAAAUAGCCUAAAGCUCAUGCUUGGCCAAAGAGGUGCAGAGUCAGAGAUUGUUGAAAAGAUAAGCGCUUUGCUGCAAGAGUAUACCAAAGCGAGUGUAAGCUCCAAGUUCUAUGAGUCCUUGUCUCAUGUUAUGAGAUUAGCCACUGCGUUUAUCCUUAGUGAAAAGCAACUGAGCAUUGGAUUGUUGCAGUGGGUUGUUUGGACUCCUGUUUACAUCUUCACACGUCAAUCCAUGGAGAUUGCUAUUUAUUGUUGGAAUUGGAUUUCAGGUUCAAGGGGUUAUGAAUUUACAGUACCUCUUCUUGCUGAAAUUUCUAAUGCUUGGCAAUUCACAAUUCAGAAAGGUUAUGGUCUGUUUUGUGGCCAUCACGAAAAGGAUGAUGCUAUUGAAUUAGCUGUUCAGUCUUCGGGUAAUGCAUUCACUCCUUCUUCUCGAUCUAUCUCUUCCAUGUAUGCUACUUCACACAAAGAUACGUAUCCUCAUCGUAUUUGGAUUAAUUAUCUGGCAGAGAGAUUCCAAAGUGGAGGAGUGAUGAAUGAACAAAUAGUGGACAUUUAUUUGAAAAUGUUAGUGAGAGCAGUUGAAAAUAUUGGAGAUUUGAGCAAGGAACACUUUUCUCUUGGUACUCGGUUUAGAUUAGCAUCUCUUUCACUUCAAGUUUCAAGAAGUGUUAUUGAUUUGCAAUUUACUGAGUUUGUUCCAAUGGCAACCAUUCUGCAACAUCGAACGUUUGCUGCUCUACUGAAUUGGUUUACUCUUCACCCCACAUGGUACGAUCCAGGAUCCAAUCACAUGGUGCAAGAAGAUCUCAAGGUCUUGUCUGAUGUUCAAAAGCGUAUCAGAAGAGAACAAAAAGAGUUGAAUCGUCAUCAGCCUCUUUCAUUUGAGGAGAGAGAAUCGAUCAAUGCAGCUGAUAAUGUGAGUGUCUCAGGAAUGAGUGUCUCAGGACGCACUCGAAGUGUGGCCUUUAGUGUGAAAGGUUCUGUAAUUUCAUCAGCCAGUAACUGGAGUGGAAGUGAUCAUGGAAGUCUAAUUAGCGUGCCACAGCUUUCAGAUGUUCCAACUCGUGCUCUUUCUGAUACUCGUACCGUUGUUUACUCUACAUCCGGUGUUGAUGCUAUUUUAGAUGUGCUACUUUUGUUGAUUGGUCAUGAGUCUGAAAGAAUUACCAUUUGGAAUGAACCUCAAAAAGGUGAUGAAGCAAUGUCUUCUGUGGCUAAAAUUUCUCCCAACAAGUGGAAGAUUUUCAUUGACACUGCCUGGAGUUUCUCUCCCAAGUUAGCCAUCAAAAUGCAUGUUCGUUUUCCAUUCGAUUGCAUUAGAGAUGAAUUGGAAAAGUUAGUUCGAAAAUUCCCAAGAGAUGCCAUUCACAUUCCAGAGGCAACAGAUUAUCUGGUCACAGAGGCAAAUGUGAAAUCAAACGUUCCUGAACUUAAUAAUUUAUUGAUUUGGGCUCCUGCUACCUUAUCAAUUGCUUUAAGAUUUUUGAACUCUCCUUUCGUGGACAAUGUUUAUGUUCAACAGUAUGCCAUUAGAACUCUACGAAAAUUCUCACCAGAAGCAGUGGUAUUUUAUCUUCCUCAAAUUGUGCAAUGCUUGCGCCAUGAUCACAACAAUGCACUCAAGAAACACAUCAUUUCUGUAGUUAGAAGCAGUGUCAUGUUCACUCAUCAAUUGAUUUGGACUUUGAGAACUGAAAUUGUUGAAGCUAAAGAGCUUAAACCAGAAGAGCUCCAAGAUAUUAAGCCAGCAGAGUUUGACUUGAGUGCCAUUUUGAAGCCUUUCUACAUUGAUGUUAUCAAAGCAUUUGAUUCCAAUCAAAUUCGUUUGUACAAGGAAGAAUUCCACUUCUUUGACAAAAUUACAACCAUCUCUGGAGAUUUGAUCCCAGUAGAAAAAGAAAAGCGACAAGCUAGAUUAUUAGAGGAGAUGAAAUUAAUCAAACCAUCUCGAAACCUGUAUACUCCAACCAACACUCAAUACAAGAUUAUUGACUUGGAUGCAAAUGGAAGUAGAACGUUGAAGAGUGCCAAGAAAGUACCUAUUCUUAUUCCAUUCUAUGUGAAACAACGACCUUCUGGCGUUGACAUUGGAGAAGACAAUGAAGAUGAUUACAAGGACAAACCAAUUGUCAAACUUCCUUGUAUCUUUAAAGCAGGUGAUGAUUGCAGACAUGAUCAAUUGGCUCUCCAAAUUAUUUCCAUGUUCAAGAGAGUUUUCGAAAUUUUAGAAUUACCUUUAUAUUUAUUCCCUUAUCGUGUGAUUACUACUGGUAGAGGUUUGGGAAUUAUUGAAUGUGUUCCAAACUCAAAGAGUAGACAUCAAAUUGGUGAAUCAUUGCAUGAAGGAGACAAUCUCUACAAUUACUUUAUCAGAAAAUAUGGUAAUACCCACACUGUGGAAUUCCAAAAAGCUCGUCGUAAUUUCAUUCAUAGCAUGGCGGCUUAUUCCAUUGUCAGUUUUAUUUUGAGUAUUAAGGAUCGUCACAAUGGUAACAUUAUGUUAGAUGAGGAUGGACAUGUCAUUCACAUCGACUUUGGAUUUAUAUUUGACAUUUCUCCAGGAGGUAAAUUUGGUAUUGAACAAGUGGUUCCUUUCAAAUUGACAACAGAAAUGUUGGCCAUUAUGGGAGAAGAAAAAGCAACAAUUUCAGCUAGCAAGAAUGAUCCUUCCAUGUCAUCAAAAUCAAGACAAGCUACCACUUCGUCAAGUGUGGUUGCUGGUGCUAGCUCUGCUAGUGCUUCUACUUCUAUGAUGAUACCUUCAAGUACUCAAUCACCAUCUAGUGUCAACGUCACAACAACUACAGCUGGUGAUGAUAAAGAACACUCAGAACCCUAUAAUUUAUUCGUGGAUUUGAUGAUUCGUGGAUAUUUAGCAGCCAGAGAUCAUAUGGACUCUAUUGUUUCAAUUUCACACGUUAUGGUACAAAGUGGACUCCCAUGCUUUGCAAAGGAUGGAUCAAUUGAGCGUUUAAAACAACGUUUAUGCGCUGGCAAGAGUGAAAGAGAAGCUGUACAAUUCAUCAAGCAAAAGAUUAACGCCAGUUAUCAAAACGUGUUUAGCGUUUUGUACGAUAUUUAUCAAGAAAGAUUUGAAGGAGUUAACAGAUAA